AUGUCUAAAAACCUUUCAAGUGCACAAGUUGAGGCUAUCGAUGAACUUAUUAACGCUUUUGGAUGUUCCCAUAUUACAUCGCGACAGGAUUGUGCUGAAAGUAUCUUCUGUCAGAAUAAUGCGAGUCACGAAGAAGUUGGAAGAGAGAUGAUAAAGUUUGCUACGAAAAACAGGUUAUCCGAACAGACCAGCUCUUCCGACAUUCAGUUGGACUUAUUACAUAGGAAUUCCCAUCAUGACGGUGUGGCUGCCCAAACUCCUUCCUCGACUUCGGCGAGAAAUCCACUGUUUAGUGGGGACACGUCAGGUUCCUGCCAUCGCGCCGAUAUUGCUCCGAACAUUGGGUCCGCACGUGUUGUAAACGGAUAUCCAUCAGUAUACAAGCAGCCGCUUCACUCACGAAAGGGUACUACGCCAAGCGUACCUGAAGACACUUUAUGUCGUGAGUUAUGUGGAGCUUUGCAAGGCUUAGAGGGAUCAUAUUUCCGUAAGGAUAGUAGCGGCUACAUGCGUGUUUUGGACUCCUGCUCGUUGUCAGAGUCACAAAGGUCAGUCGUAGAAAGUGUGCUUUCAGUCGCUCAUCUACAUGCUGAUAUUGUUCGAGUUCCUCGUGAACAUAGCAACGAUCUCAUCGUUCAGCAAAUGAUCACAUAUUGUCCGAAUUAUGGAUACAAGCUUCAUUGGAUUCCACCGUUUUUUCCUGUUUGGGUAGCUGAAUACAUACUUAAAACUGGUAAAUCAUGGAAGUCUGUGGACGUGAAAAAAUGUAGCGACAACCUUGAUAAGGCAAGAGAAAUCAUUGCCACGCAAUUGAGCCCGAAGUCGCUCUAUGUGCAAGGUGGAACACCUUUCCUGUCAAUUAUACUUUCCGUUGAAUUUUUGUUGCACAGUCAUGUCCCUGAGCGAACGCACGGCCUUCGCAGCAAGUUGUCACAACGAGAUGCAAAUAAUGCGCUCAUGGUUGCUGUGACGUUAUCAAGCUCUGUUCGACGUUUCCACUUUAAAAUUAAUUUGGAUACACUUUCAUCAGCUAACGAUUCGCCUAAUACUUCUUCGCGUUUACAAUUUGUACACCCACUUCGACCUGUUUAUCGUCCAAAUGGGCCUAUAGGAGAAAUAUUUAGAGAUACCGAGAAGAGGUAUGAGUCUCUGUUUCAUUUUAUUUGGCCUGUGGAAAUGUGCUUGUUGAUGAUAUCGGAUCAGAUCAAUGAAGUCGACCAGUGGUUCAAUCGACUACGCUGCUGGAUUGAUGAUGCUGUUGAUCUGGAUGCUGUUAUAAAUGCUCAUACGAAUUACCUCAGAGGAAUGACUUCAUCAUUUUUCAUGGACGCUGACAUGGAGGUAUUUUAA